AUGGCACACCUAACCCGCACCCUCCCAAAACGACUCUUCCGCCCAAUUCCAACACCCUUUAUCCACCAAACCAACCAAUUGAGCACAACGACCCGGCCAACAACCACCACCACGCACCUCACAACCCCGCGACCAAACACAGUCCCCCACCAAAACCAACGACCCUACCACUCAACCCUGCACGCACGCCUACCCGACCACACCUACACAAACUCGCAAACAGCAAUCCUAAGCGCAGCCCUGGACUUCGUGCCCACAACCGGCUUCACACUCGAAUCGCUCACGCACGGCGCGCGAUCCGCCGGCUUCCUCGACGUCUCUGUGCAACUCCUCCCGCGCCGAGAAUUCGACUUAAUCCUCUUCUGGCUUGCGAGUCGACGGGGUCUGCUUCGGAGUAAGGUUGAAGACGGUUUGUUUACUCGACUGGCUGCGGAGGCUGGUAAAGAGCUUAGCGUUGAUGAGAAGGUUAAGGCGUUGGUUCUUGAGAGGUUGAAGUUGAAUAAGGAUGUUAAGGGGGUUUGGCAGGAUGCACUAGCUCAAAUGUCCCUCCUGGCAAAUAUCCCCCUCUCCCUGACUGAACUGCAUGCUCUGUCGUCGGAUAUUCUCACGCUGGCUGGUGACGACGCUGUCGAUGCGUCGUGGUAUACGCGGCGACUGGCUGUUGCGGGGAUUUAUGCUAGUUCCGAGGUUGUUAUGACGCGGGAUCCGACUGCGGAGCUGGUGGAGACUGCUGCGUUUGUGGAGAGACGGUUUGAGGAUUCGAGGGCUGUUAAGGAGAAGAUUGGGACUGUUGGGGAGAUUGUUGGGUUCGGGUGGAAUACUGCUAUUGGGUUGGGGAGGAGUUGGGGGAUGAAGAUUUAA